AUGAUCCGCCUGGGAGAUUACACCUUCAGCCUGAACAAGAACAAGAAAGAAGGAGGCCCAAAGCAGCGCUGGCUAUGCACCAGGUGGUCGCGGCACGGCUGCCGAGGGUCUAUCAUCACUAUUGAAAAUAUGAUCGCUAAAUAUAACAAUGGGAAGCCCAUGAUCCGCCUCGGGGAUUACCACUUCAGUCUGAACACAUCCAAGGGACCCAAGAGGAGAUGGAUAUGCAGCAAGUGGGCCUACGGUUGCCGCGCCUCCAUCAUGACGCUAGACAAUCAAAUCAUUAAAAUAAACAAUUACAUUUCUUUAAAUUAUGUUACUCUGGUUAUAAUUUAUAGAUGCAGUAUACAUCAGAUCAAAUCGAGGCAACCGAAUGCUCAGAAUCGGAAAGCACAAAUACAGUUUGCACAAGCAUUCCUCGAAGGGGCUGAAGAAGAAGUGGGUCUGCACCAGCACCAAGUCCCGGUGCCGGGCGACGGUGGUCACCUACGACGACUACAUCAGGAAGCACAUCGAUCUUCACAACCAUUAAUUUUACAGAGAAAAUUAUGGGCAUGCAAAGUUUGUGACAUCAAGACGCGGGAACCGUAUGAUCAACAUAGGGAAAUACAACUUCUGCCUUCACAAGCCCUCUACAAGAGGACCCAAAAGCAGAUGGGUGUGCAGCAGCACUGCCAUCGGGUGUAAAGCCGUCAUCUUUACCCUGGAAGACAUUAUCGUUAAAUAUAACGAUAACCAUAACCACUGAAAUAAUUCUAUACGAUUUACAUUAUGUCGACGUAAAAUUGUGAAUUUCGGCAUAUUAUAAAUUUUACUUAGAUUACAAUCUUACCUAACCAGUUUUAGUUUACAAUCUCACGCGUCAUAUUAUAAACUGACGGAGUUUACAAUAAAUGAUUGUGGUUCCACUGGUGGCGACACAACGAAAUUACUCAUAGAACGUAUUACUUAAAAACGCGUAUAUUAUAAAAUAUAUUUACUUUGGACUUCAGAGUGAGAAUAAAGGUCUAAAAGUCUUUAGACAACUUGAUUGUUGAAUUUUUACUGUUUGUUUUAAGUAAAGUAUUUUUAAAAUUUGAAAUCGAAUGUUUUUCUUUGUUCAUUUCAUGAAGAACAUUUUCUGAUUAGUUGCAGAAUAUACUUACAAAGCGUGCUAGAAUCUAUUAAGUUUUUCAAAUACUAUACUAUUCAAAUCAAAUUUUGAGUCAUAUUGGAAUCAAAACUGGGUAUUGGAUUGGGUCUGGAUAUUGCAAGACCACCAUAAUAACUUACCUGAAACACGAUACACAUCAAUUUAUUAUUGUUGAAAAAUCGGCAUAUAGAUUAAUAUUUCGUGUAUUUCUUCAUAUUUUAUUUUUCACGAUAUUUUCACACUGCGUCAAAACUAUAUAAAAUAAAUAUGCAUGUGUCACGAGUGGGCUCACCACAAUAGUCGAGCGGUCGCGUAAUUGGAAGCCGCGUUCCGCGAAUGUCGAGUUGGCCAGUCCGACCCCUUCACCUCGGCUAUGGUGGCUUUAAUAAUUUACCUAUAUUUUAUUUUACAUUCAAGGAUUGCGCUUUGUGACAUCCAAGUUCGGCAAUCCAAUGAUCGUCUGGGGCAAGUUCAGAUACUGCCUGAAGAAUGAGGUCAACAAGCGAAGCCCGAAGAAGCGUUGGCGCUGCAUCAAGCUGUCCAAAGAAGGCUGCCGCUCCGAAAUCGUAACCAUAGACGACCAAAUCAUAACAUUUAAUGAUGUUCACACACAUGACUAAUCGAGGAGUGGACUGAAAAAGUAAUUGGUACAUACUCGUAUUAUAAUUGUAUUAUUAUUUUAGUCUUGACACAAUAAUAAUUUUUAGUGGAUAUGUUUGAAGUAGCAGAGUUCGUAACUUCCAAACGCGGUGACCAUGAUGGCGUGCUCGUCUAAUAAAAUAUUGCAAAGCCUCCGUCAGAACCAUUGACAACUCCAUCGUGUAUUGAAAUAAUGAACACUGUCAUGAUUAAACAUGUAACAUUUUGGAAA